AUGCCAAGUCUUCUAGAUGCGACUUUGUCAAGUAGAGAUACUCAAAUCCUACAAACAUUUCGGGCCCAGAUGAAGAAACUAAAAAGUACUUACCAAAGUCAGGACCCCAGUCUGUGGAAAAGAACCCACGUGUUCCUUGAGAAACAUCUUAAUGCUUCCCAUCUGCACGUGGAACCGGCCAUCUUACUGCUCACAGCUGGUCAAGAAGCUGAGACGGCGCUGAGGUGCCUGAGUAACGAGAUUGCCAAUGCUUUUGCCUUCUCCCAGAAUGCUACUACCAUCAAAAUUAACGGGGCAGAUAAAGCCGUACUGGAUAGUGACAUUGUCAAGCUGGAGGUAGAUAAUGAGCUCAGCUCUGGGUUCAGAGAAGGCAAGAAGGUCGCAGUGGUGCAUCGAUUCGAGUUACUGCCUGCAGGCUCCACCUUGAUCUUUUACAAGUACUGUGACCAUGAAAAUGCAGCAUUUAAGGAUGUGGCUCUCCUGCUGACAGUUCUCCUGGAUGAACAAUCGCUGAGAAAGAGCAUCACCUUGCAAGAAGUUGAGGAGAAAGUCCGAGAUUUCCUCUGGGAGAAGUUCACCAGUUCAGAUGUUCCCGCUUCUUACAAUAGUAUGGACACAGAUAAGCUGAGUGGACUGUGGAGCCGUAUAUCUCAUCUCGUGCUGCCUGUUUGGCCUGAAAAGGGCCUCUCCGUGGAGGGAUGCACAUAA